AUGGCCAAGGUACUUGCUUUACACUUUGAGAUGCUUAGAAGUGGCAUUUUUCUUCGAUGAUGAAAUCGUAUCAUUGAGUCUCUCUUGCAAAGUCAUACUCGAUUCUGAACCCUAAGCCCUAAGCCCUGCCUUGAUUCUGAAUCAAGGAGGAUGAUAAUUUGGUGAUUUGGUGUUUCAAUGAUUGUUCUAUCACCCGCGAACCUUUCUUAAUCUUCUAAACACAUCUCCACUCCAGAUGAUGAUGAAGAUGAGCGCCAUGAAGAUGGGCAUGAAGAUGAUGUCCAUGAAGAUGAAGAUGUCCUCCAUGAAGAUGGGCAUGAAGUUAAGGCAACAAGGAAGACACAGCAGUGAUAGGAUACUGAAGCCCACGUAAAAAGGAGUUCUUUAAUUAUUCUCAAAAUACUCCGCAUAAGUACGUGUGCUUCAGUCGAUCAUGAUUCUGUGCUUAUGUUGACGCUUUCAUACCCGAAGAUGGCCAUGAAGAAGUCCACCAUCGCCAAGGGCAAGCGCGCUAAGUCCAGCGUCUUCAAGGGCGCCAAGGCCAAGACCUCCGGUGGCUUGAAGAAGUCCGACUUGAAGAAGAACAAGGCCGGCAAGAUCGUCUCCGUCAAGGCCUCGGCUGCUGCCAAGAAGUCCAAGGGCGCCAAGAAGAUCCUCGCCUGGUCCGCCGCCUUGGUCAAGGCCCGCAAGGCCCUCGGUAUCAAGGGAUUCGUCCCGGUUGGUGGCAAGACCGCCGCUGGCAAGGCCCUCUUUGCCAAGGUCAAGUCUUUCGUCAAGUAAGAGGUCGGUGACUCACCUUCGUCAUCGUGUUAGCCACACUCUGCGGGACCGGAUCGGUGAUGGGGGUCCGGUAAGAGACUGGACUUUGGCAAUGUGACGUCGCAGUACUUCCUUGUCAUCUGGCGCGAAAUCCAUGUUGCUGUGUAUCAGCAGUGGACAGUAGCCCCCCUCAUCGUGACCCUCAGACAGUAUCACUCUAGUAGACUCCUGUUGUGGUGUAAUCCAUUCGGGACGUCCUAGGUUUCAAGUGACUG